AUUGUUUGUCUUGUUUGACAAAAAGGACGAAAAGCCAGAGUUGACGGCUACUUUUUCUUAUUUAUUUUACGAAAACCAAAGCUAGUUAUGGGAUUAUAACAACUAAAACAUGGAAAACCUGUACUGCAGAUUCUGCGCCGAGCCCAAGAGCUCCGAAAAGCUUUUGAACCUUCAGAACGACGCAGAAAAACACGAUGAAAUAAUAUUAAAACUCGCAUUUGUGAAUGCAGUGUAUGUCAACGUUACGAACAGUGAUAUGUUGCCGAAAACGAUAUGUUUUAUAUGUUACAACAGUCUAAACAAGGCUUACGAGUUCCUCGACGGUGUGAAGAGAGCGCAAGACGUUCUAUCUAACAUUUUCACAGCAAUAAAUGAAACUAAAGACGACUUAUCGGACGACGAUCGAAUACCAGGUUUUGACGAUUUUCUUGGUAACGACGACUCCGCCGCUGUUAAAACCGAAGGGAACACGUCUAGCAAUCACAUUGGACAGCACAUAGUCGACGUAAGAGUAGAAGUGAAGCAGGAAUUGAAAGAAGAAGCGUCAGACGGCGAAGAUCAAUCAAAUUACGUUGACGCCUUAAAUGUACAUGAUAUUUUGAAUGCUGCGAUAUGUAAUGCCUCGUUUACGUCAAACGUGUACGAACCAGCGACGAUACACGCUAAGGAGAUCGGAGAUUUGAGUAAGAAGGUCGUAAGAUCCUGGAAAGAGUAUCCAUGGGUCUGUGGAUACUGUAACAUAGAGUUUUUAAACAUUGAUAUGUUAAGGUCUCACUGUAAAGUUGUACACGGGAAGUGUUCUGCUUUCAUGUGUAUUGAUUGCAAAGCGGGCAGGAACGAAGACUUCACUAGUUUUAUGAAACAUGUUAGGAAACAUAGAAAAAUGUUGAGAAACCACUGCUACUACUGUGAUUUAAUAUUAGAUAAAACGGACAGCUUAACUAACCACAUAAAACAACACUUUCAAAAAUCACAAUUACCGUGUCCACUCUGCGGUGAGAUAUUAGAAAACGAAGAAUCCUUAAAGAUCCACGUCCAAGACUUCAAUACGAUAAAACAGAAACGAAGACCGAGAAGAAAACCCGGUACGCCCAUCACCGUAGAAGAUUUAACCUGUGAACUAUGUAAAAAGGUCUAUAAGAACCCAAAUAGUCUACGUGACCAUAUGAAGUUACACACGAUUGACCGUAAAAGAAACUACACUUGUGAUCGUUGCGGCAAAAUGUUCUACAACAAAGGUACGCUCACAUCACAUAUCUUAUCACAUGACAAGAACCGUCCCCACGUAUGUAGAAUAUGUAAUAAGUCAUUCUUAUACCCAAAUAUGUUACGAAGGCAUGUGGAAAUGCAUUCUGGGAUUAAACCGUAUUCUUGUGAGCAAUGCGGACGGUGUUUUAGGCUGCAAUAUCAACUGAAUGCCCAUAAGAUCAUACAUACGGACUCCAUGCCAUACGUAUGCUCAUAUUGCAAUAAAGCUUUUAGAUUCAAACAGAUUUUGAAGAACCAUGAAAGGCAACACACCGGUGCUAAACCAUAUUCCUGUCAGCACUGCGGUAUGGAGUUCACGAAUUGGUCAAAUUACAACAAACAUAUGAAACGGAGACACAAUACGGACACUUCAAAGAAAAAGAUUACACCAGAAGGAGUGUUUCCGGUUAAUCCGGAGACAGGACAGAUCAUGCAGGUUCAGGAUCCAGCGGGCACUGAGGAGUGGAAGACCAAGAUCAUGAUACCUGGGAAAAGAGGGAAAAAGAAAGUUAUUAAGCAAGAGAAUAUUUAAUGUACAAAGCAAUUUGAUAACUUCUUUCAUUAUUGCUGUGGUGAACGACUGUAAAUGAAUAAACAAUUUAUCACUAUCGCACGCGCAAGAAUUAUUUACUAUUUGACAAAAAAAACAGCUUCGUCUGAUGGAUUCCAAAAAAUAUAUCUCAUUCGUAUUUUUUUCGUUAGUGUCGUAACAUGGGAUAACGGGAAAACAGUGAGUAAAAAUAUCUUGUGGCGUCACUCGUACCAAGUUUAAAAAAGAAAAUACGUGUUCAAUAUUUUUUGGAAAUUAUCUGACGGACUAAACUUAGUUGCGACUCUGUCAAAUGAUAAGUGCGUUUGAUGUAUUGCAAUAAUUAACAUAUUAAGUGAAAAAUGUCAUCUACAACAAUUAAAAUUAUUUCUCAUAUCUACUUGAUGUCAUAUUGACCCUAAGUGUCUGUAAAGUGUAAGAAAAAUGAUCAAUGUACAAUGCAAUCAUUCGCAUGUCACCACGCCAAACCCACUGAACGCUACGUAUCGCGAGUUUAAUCCCCGCGUAGGACAAGCAUUUGUGU